AUGCGGCAAACAGUACUUCGACGGUAUAAGAUGCCCAAAAACAUGGGAGUGGCACCGCGCUUUGAUAUAUGGAAUGAACAAUAUGAGCCUUGGCAACACAUGCGCCGUAUGGCUCGUCUGGUUGGUACGGGUUUUUACAUCCCACCUGCGUGGUACAGUCACUUUCGCAUGUUUCCACCCAUCCAACACAACUUUCAACAGGAGAAAACAUUGAAUCCACACAAUGCGAGUGAACCCACGCAGGACGGGAGUGACACUCUCAGUCAAGAGCGGGUGGCUCUUCGCGAUGAAUUGGCUCGUAAGAGUCGACUGGUAGCAUCAGAGGGAAUGCGGUAUUAUAAUAUUUUUUGGGUACGUAAGCCGCUGGACAAAAUGGAAAAGGAAUACUACGACCUCAAGAGGAAGGGCGUAGCUCACAGUGUAGCUAUAAAGAAGGUUUUGCAGACUUUUUACGACGAUUUAUCUAUUAAAAAACGAGUAGCAUCUAUUCAGGCGGAAGAGGCGAAACUCUCAGGCCGAUUUAUCACUAUGCGAGAGGCUACUGUAGUGCUUAAUGUAUUGGCACAACUCCACCGGGAACAGCUCACCCCUCAUCAAGUGACACUCCUUGCAAAGGAACAGCAAGAGGCUACAGAGUCUGGAAGUGGACUCUCUGCAAAUGUGUCGCGUGCAAGUACACCAUCAUCAGCUGCAGAAGGGGAGAAGGGAGGAGUUCCAUUAAAUAUGGACGAGGCGUUUUCAGCGGAUUCACUCUCGAAUAUGCUCUCAGGGGACCGUACGGAGGAAUCAGAGAACGCUAACAAAGGAACACAAUAUCAGGUUGAGGUGAAGCCUAGUGGACGUGACAGUGUACGGCAAUUACAAGGAAAAGCAACAGAUCACACUGGUACUUCAGGGUGGUACACAGGCGCCUCACCUAUGUACAACGAUAAUGCAUAA